AUGGGAAGCAAAAAAACAAAAGGAAAACAAAAGAUAGAUAUUACAAAAAUAAAGAAAAACGAAAACAGAAUGGUCACACUUUCCAAGCGUAGAAACGGAUUAUACAAUAAGCUUAGUGAGGUCUCCAUUCUCUGCGGCGCCGACGUCGGAUUUCUCAUCUACUCCUGCUCAGGAAAACCGUUCACGUUUGGCAGCCCUUCCUUCGAUGUCGUUGCACAUCGGUUUCUCCACGGAAACCAUCACUCAGGUCUCAUCAACGGCGAGGGCUACUCGUCGAUGAUCGUGGAUGCUCACAAGAAAGUAAAGAUGGACGAGUGCUGCAACAAACUCAACAAUCUGAUGGACGAAACAGAUGCGGAAGAAGAGAAGCUGAAGAUGUCUGUGGCUGAGCCUGCUUAUGCUCCGUUGUUGCGGGUGAAGAGUGACGCGUCGUGGAAGGUUGAUCCAAAGGACGACGAAGAGGAGAAACAGUUGUUGCGGAGGUAUGAGGAGUUUUACGAGGAACUCUGUGAGGUUGCUGUUGCAAGAAGCCGUGGAAGAUAUGAUGCUUCAGCGUCGUCGUCAUUUCCUCGACAUGGCUGAUGGUCGAACUGAGAUUUUACAUUUUUAUGUUUUUAAUAAAUAAUAAUAGAGAGAUCAGCAGAUCAUUUGUUUAGCAAAAAUGUUUCAGUUGGACGACUAGUGAUUUGUUUUUCCUGAGCUUUAAUGUGUUAUGAACUUCAAAUC